GAGGAGGGACGAGUGUGACGCGAAUGGAUUCCGGGUCACGGUCACAUGCACUAAUGAGGACGUGACAGUGGUCACAAACUUCCAUCAUAACUGCACCGCCACACUCCAUAGCCAAAGCACUAGGCUGCACUGCUCUGUCUCAAAUCAAUCGUACAAGGACAAGAGGAAUGGCUGAUCAAGCAGAAUUGGUCUUCGUCAGGAGCUUUAUAAAAGUCAUCGGUGCUCAGCCGAUUGUAUACAGUGACGACUACAGGCAGCCCCCACAAAAUUCACUAAAGAAAGUCCCUAUCUUACCAGUCGAGCUCCCUCCUGUUCCAGAACGUAAAGGAGAGCCUUCCACACCGCCAGGUAGACAUAAUCUCGACGCCAAUAUCACUGAUGGUUAUCUAACGAGAUCGCUAGCCGCAUCAAUCAGCAUUACGUUCAAGUCGACAAAGCCUCCGCAGUCGUUCACGCUUGCCGUGCAGCCAACAGAUACUGUGUCCGAAGUUAAAGCCUUGCUUGCCUCUCAACCGAACGCACCGCCCGCGGAAGCGCAGCGUCUCUUACUCAAGGGCAAGGCAUUUGCUGACGCAAAGCUCCUCAAGGAAUACGGCGUGAAAGAGGGAGACACUAUAAAUUUAAUGCUUAAACCCGGGUUCGAGUGGGAUCCUACCAAAGCUCCUUCCCCAUCCAACAUUUCGUCAGUGAAGAUGAAGCCUUCCAAUCUUCCCGAGAUACAAACACCGCAACCAAAACUGGCAACAGGACAUAGACAUACACGCACGCCCUCCAUCGUCUUGUCACCAUCACCCUCAGUGGUGUCUCUCGAACCGGAGGGCAAACCUCACGACAUUGAUCUGACUCUUGACACGUCCUUGAUACCCACCGCUUCAAUUUCGCGCGCAGCGCGGUCAAGUUAUCAGACUGUGAUCUCUGAGCCGGGAUUUUGGGAUCGUCUGUACUCCUUCCUGAGAACGGAGUUCAGUAACGAUGGUGAUGCGCUCGUCGCGUUUGAAGACUUCCUCCGAGCAAGCAAAGGAGGGUUGACAGCCAGUGAAAUCGCGAAAAUCCGUGAUCAGGUGGGCGUUGUCGGGAUGGCGGGCACGUAGAGUAAUGAGCAUCUUUCGAAAAGUUGGGCUUCCGCAUCGCAUAUGUUUCGAUAAUUCGCUUCUCGGGGAUUAGCGUAUAUCCUUCGUCAUGAAUUAAUGUGCUGGGCUCCCGAUGGGCGAACUUUGACAUUACAGCUUAGUCACCAAAACAAAACAUACCAAAAAGGGUAAUUUUCCGUACUGGCUUGCGCAUCGAUCAUGCGUCA